AUGUUUAUCGCAAACAAGCUAUCUGUUGAAGGAGUUUCCCAAGGUUUCCUCAGCGGGACUGCAACUGCACAGGAGAAAGCCAUCUCUUAUACUUCAGUGCAGAAUGUUGGCUUUAACAGUGUACAGAUUCGCAAUUCUUGUAGUGAUUCCCAGCGCAUUCUUUCAAAGAUCCAAAUAAUCAAUGACAACGUUUUGAUCGGCAUAUCCCUGUACAAUACAGAGGUUCAACCGUUUGCCGUUUAUCCGGACAAGAAGACUCAGCAAAUGUUUUUCACCAGACAAAUUUAUAUUGCUAUUGAUGAUCUUCUCCCGAGUAUUCGAUGGUGA